CGCUUGUGCGGAGUUGUGCAGUGGAGCGCAGUGCUCAGAUACACGGGAUUUAGUCGGUUCUGUGAUUAUGGCUGGGAGAGGACGUUUAUGAAUAGGGCUAAUUAGCGUUGUGUCAGAUCAAAGGUGCCGAAACAUCUGAUACUUGUGAUCUUAAUCUUUCUCAGUGUGCGAAGGAAUAUACGCUUAAAGGAUAGUCUACAUGUGAUUUUAUUUAUACUUUUAGAUCGUUUCAUUUAUCUUCGCAGAUUUGUUGAUUUUUGGAUAUCUUCAAAGAUGCUGCUGACCAAAUUUGGAUCUUUUUCUCACAUUUGCGGCACAACUAACAUUGACCACUUACCAGUGAAAAUUCAGCUCCAGUCAGCUAAAGUGGAAAAGGAGCAGUUUGAUAAAGUGUACCGUGUGGGCUCGGUUCUGGGAAGUGGCGGAUUCGGGACUGUGUACGCCGGCAGUCGCAUUUCAGACGGUUUGCUGGUUGCUGUUAAACACGUGGCCAGGGAGAGAAUUACUGAAUGGGGCACAAUUAACGGGUCUCUGGUCCCGCUGGAGAUCCUCCUCAUGAAGAAAGUAGGAAAUACAUUUCAGGGUGUUAUUAAAUUGAUCGAUUGGUACGAGAGGCCUGAUGGGUUUUUGAUCAUCAUGGAGCGGCCGGAGAUGGUUAAGGAUUUAUUUGACUACAUCACCGAAAAGGGCGCACUGGAUGAAGACUCGGCCAGGGGAUUUUUCCGCCAGGUCCUGGAGGCUGUGCGACACUGUUACAGCUGCGGUGUAAUCCAUCGGGACAUUAAAGACGAAAACCUGCUCGUUGAUUUACGCACAGGAGAUCUUAAACUCAUCGACUUUGGCUCAGGGGCCAUUCUCAAGGAUACCGUGUACACUGACUUCGAUGGUACAAGAGUCUACAGCCCACCAGAAUGGAUUCGCUACCACCGGUACCAUGGACGCUCUGCAACGGUGUGGUCACUUGGUGUGCUGCUAUAUGAUCUGGUAUGUGGGGACAUACCAUUUGAGCAUGACGAUGAGAUUCUGAAAGGUCGUCUUUUCUUCAGAAGGACAGUCUCCCCUGUGUGUCAGCAACUCAUCAAGUGGUGUCUCUGCUUGAGACCAUCAGACAGGCCGACAUUGGAACAAAUAUUUGAGCAUGAGUGGAUGCAUGCAGACAAAGACUCAAAACCUCUGACCAGGGACAUCACGCUUCAUGCAGUAUGCACAGACUCCUCAUCCAGCACAAGCUCAAGCAAAGAAAGCCUCUGAUGGCACCGGAUACACAGUCUGAUCAUUUAUGACCUCUAAAUUGUUGGGACUUAUCUUUUAAAUUACUUUAAAUUAUUUUACAUUCUUUUUGUUGUUGUUUCAAAUGAAUAUUUUUAAUUCAUGGGAAGUGCAAAUGCAGUAAUGCUAGCAACCCUAUGGCCAUACUCUUUGCUCUUAUAGAGCCUAUUCUUUGAUUUUACUUUUAACUGUUAGUUACUAGUGCCUUUUUUCCUAGAAAGCUGCUUGGUGGGACAGUUUAAAAAAUAAAUAAAUGAAUUGCUCCCUCGCCCCCUUGUGGUGGAACUAUACUUUAUCUCCACCCCCUUCCUACACAUUAUAUACAGAUAACUCCUACUACUCCAUCUCAGCUGUUGCCACAUAUUGGCUUUUGGAUGGUAGAUACUUUAGUGAAUUGCACAAUCAAUGCAAUAUUAGAUUUUAAGUUUUUGAAUACAAGUAUUUACAUUUAUUUAUAUUCGCUCCCAUGUGUUAUUUAUUCAUACAAAGCAAACAUUCCACAGUCAGUGGCUAUUUAUUUAUUUAUUCAUUUUAUACCAUCGGCAAAAAGGAAGCAAAGCUAGAUUUGAUACCCUUAUCUUAUCCUGUAGUUAAAUCUAAAUACCUGCAAAUAAAUUAUGCCUGUCUUAUCCUGAUACACAUUUAAGUGCAUUCUAAUGUACCUUGACUCCAGAAGCUGUCAUCUGUUUUCCAUGCUAGAUGAAAAUAACAUUCUAGUUCAUACUUCCACUGUGACUGUGGAUUUCUCUCUUUCUGCAUUGUGAAACAUUACACUGUGAAACAAUGCAGAAUUUAUUUUUUAUAACAAUAAAUUAUUUAAUCUGAAA